CAGUGUUUAGUGUUUCUGUGAGCCUGCAGGACAGCGUGAACUCUGACCUUGUAAUCCUCAGUACUGUGACUCUCACAUGAUGCUGGAAACAGCAGCGCCGCGGCCCCUUCACACAGCAGACCAGAGACACACGCAUACACACAUCUGUCCUGGGAACAGAAAGCGUCCGCUCCUGCUGUUUGGGAGGAAUGGGGUGGUUUCCGUCUUUUGGGAGAUUUCUCUUUUUCUGGGAGAGGAGGAAUCAGAAUGGAGAGAACAGGCCUCUUAUUACAAAGCAGGAUGUCAGGAAAUCAGAAGGAGCCUCCGCUGCCUCAUACCUGGGAACAUACGAGAGUUCAGGAAGUCACACCAGCUCCAGCUUGUCCAGCCAUGAAGAACCCCUCAGAUCUUCAUCACGGAGGUUCCGCUUCAGUCCAGCAUCUCUCGGGACGUCCGGCUGGAGCGACUACAUCCUCAAAUACCUGCUGAUCUCCAGUAACCUGCUCUUCACAGCCCUGGGCCUGGUUACGCUGGUGCUGGGGCUCUGGGGUCUGAUCAACAAAGAAUCCUUCGCUCAGGAGAAGAUCAGCGGGAUAGGGACAGACCCCAUGCUGCUCUUCUUGUUCCUGGGUUUGGUCCUCGCCCUGCUGAGCAUGACGGGAUGCAUUGGGGCGCUGCGAGAGAACAUGUGUCUUCUGCGGAUCUUCUCGGCUUUGGUUUUACUUCUGGUGGUGGCGCAGGUCCUGGCGGCAGUCGCACUGUUCAGCAUGCAGGCUCAGAUGGAGGACUACCUGCGUUUAGGCAUGUUGACCGCUAUCGUGAGGUAUCAGGAUGACCUGGACCUGAGGUUCAUCACCGAUGAGAUCCAGACUGGCCUGCAGUGCUGCGGGGCAGACACUUACAGAGACUGGGAGAUCAAUGUGUAUUUCAACUGUUCGGCUCCAGGGGUGCAGGCUUGCGGAGUGCCCCCGUCCUGCUGCAUCGACCCGCUGGAGAACGGGACGGUGUGGAACAGCCAGUGCGGAGUGGGCGCCCAGCAGCUGGACGAGUUCUCUGUCCAGAGCGUGAUCUUUCUUGGCGGCUGUUUGGGCAGCAUCGCUCGCUGGAUGGAGCACAACGGCGGGGUGAUCGUCACAGUGGUCAUCGUCCUGCUGGGCAUCCAGAUCCUCACUCUGUUCAUAACAGCUCGUCUGCUGCACAGGAUAAGGUGGACCAGAGCUCAGCACCAGGCGUACUUACAGGCACUGCAAUGAAGGAGUUCAGAUGUUUGUUUUUUGUUUGUUAUUGUGCAAAUUGAUGCAUGAAACUGAUACGUGUUUAUGCUGAUAUAAAGGAUAAGUCGUGACAAAGUGAGUUUGCUGGACGAAAAGAAACCCCAACAAGUCUAAAUGAAACAAAGAUUAAUGAUUUAUUAAAUCAAUGAUCUUAAACAGUGAAUAGAGGAAUUUAAAAUGCAAAUAAUUAUAAAUUAAAAUCAAACAAAAGAUGGGAGUGUUGCCAAAACUAAGACAUUAAUAUAACAAACAAUCAAACUAAACUCCAGCCAACUAAGCUAACUAACCAAAAAAAGUGGAAACAAAACUGUAAUCUUGGGCGUAUACAAUGCUUAAUUAAACCCACACUGUAAAACCUU